AUGUCUCGAGCUUUUUUUACCGAAGAGGAGGUACGACUGGCCACCGAGCGGCGUGUAAAAUAUAUCGGGGCAGCCAAAGUCAGCAUUGAUCAAAUUCAAUUUGAAACGCCUUUGCCCCGGGAUCUGGAUCCCAAAAACCUGGAUCGGCUUCGAAAUAUUUUUCGUAAAAACCGGUGUCGCCGCCUAGAUCUACAUAAUCAUGUUCCUGUAGUCGUGUCACAGCAAUCUCUUACCGACGCGUUACGAAAGGCGAACGUUACAGAUCAGUCUCUUCUGACCAAUGAUGCGCAUCAUUUACCACGGCUUGCAUUUACGACGGGACAACUCCAGGGUCUUCAUGGCCGACAUCGCCUGCAGGUUGGGGCAGAGGUGCUCCCUCCGGCUGAUCGCUGGUGGACGGUAGAUCUCUACAUGGAUGGUACGUCAAGGAUAACUUUUCCUCGUUUUCUUACUAACAACAAGAAAGAUAUUGGCGAAGAAUUGAGGACUUCUCUGGUGGAGGAAUAUGCAAAUGAGAAGAAACCAACCGAUGGAGAGAUUUAUCGCAAGAUCCGACAAUACGAGGGUGAUUAUGACGAAGCAUUCAGAGAGCGAUGGCUUGUACGGCUUUCGCGCAGCAACCAGGACAAACUGAAUCAAUUGGACAAUCGCAGAAACCGCCGCAUCCGACGUGCUUUUGAUAAGCUUCUUAAAAUCCCAGGUCUUUGGCCAGGCGGGAUGAGAAUCAGUGUGCUUCAUCGGCUGAUAGCCUCGAGCUGCGUAGAAGAGAUCAUUACUUACCUAGGAUAUAUAUGGGAGUUUUGGUCUUCCCUGGUUUCCUCGGACCAUUUUUCCAUGAAGAAGAUCGACCAAGACACAGUCGAGUGCUUGCAGUUGCUGGCACCAGGUAAAUGCCGCAGUGACGCGAAAACAGCCUGUGGGUUGGUCUUAAGUGGCCAGGCAUUUUCUGGAUUCAACGACGACGAACGAAGGAUCAUUUGGUCCCGAAUGCAUAAAUUUGACGGUCUUAUUCCUUCAUUAUACACCUUUUUCGAAGAUUUCAAAUAUUUGGAAAGCUGCGCUCAUUGUAUCAAGCGUCUCUUUGGUCCAUCUAGUAGCUCGAUCAGGGAAACCAUGAGUUCGAUGUUUAUUCUCUGCCUAGAGGAGGGAUUACUGGGAUCAGAAUCGGCAGAUUGUAUCAUCCAGACUUCUGAGUCUACUUUCCGCCGCCAGCGCGCGACCGAUAUGGAACGGCUCGAGACAGCUUAUCUACAGAUGUGGCUCUACACCAUGAGGCAUUAUCCUUUGAUGCCCCCUGAUCCGAAAAAAGAUAGCGAUCUACUGGCAAAAGCAGCCCGCGGCAAGCCUGAUGAGAGGGCGAUUUACGAGAUGGCCGAACUUGCUCGCCAACUUGGGUUUCGCUCUAAAGAAAUUGAUAUGAUAAUCGACAGCUCUCCCGAUCAUCAGAUUGCACGCACCGCUCUUUUACAAGCCAGGAAGCCCAGUCGGUAUCGAUACAAUGACGAGUAA